AUGAGUGAUUUUAAAAAAGGGAAGCGACAUUUUAUUACUAGUUGUGGAGGAGGACAAAACGUACAUGAAAACAGCCCGAAUAUGAUUCAAAAAGAUUACAAAAUGACAACGUUGCCAUCGACGAUGACGUCAAACAACGACACUAUGAGUCAUCAGCAGCAAAAAAUGGCAACGCAAGAAGGUGGCACUCCGCUUUUACUAUUGAAUUUACCACAAGAAAUAUUUCAAGAAGUACAAAAAAUAGCACAAGCGGGUACACCAGGAGUCACGACCACGAGAAUAAUCGAUCCCGAUUCGAAAGAUCAACAAAUAAUAAAUUUAUAUCGUGAAAUUGAAACGGAAGCUGGAUUCGUUUGUAAAAAAUGCAGGAUGGCUUAUCAAACGGAAAUAGGUUUGCUCACUCAUCAGAGGAACAUAUGCUAUCCCGGUAAGCUUUCUGAAUCUAGAGGAUCUGUACGUUUGGUAACGAUCCUCUACGAAUGUAAAUUAUGUUCUCCAUCUUUUGUUUGUCCUACCGCGAAUGAUUUUAAACGACACUGCGAAACGGAAGUACACGUGUGCAAAGUUAAUCAACAACAACAACAACAGCAGCAAAGAUUAUUAAAACCGGGUUUUCCCAAUCAAAUCCCUCCCUCCUCACCAUCAUCGGGUUUGACACACGAAAUGGAAAAUGUCGUCAAUCAAAUAACCGCGUUAGCAGCUCAAGCAGCGCAAGAAAGUUCGCCCCCCACACAAUCCGGACAAGAUUCAAAUGCUAAUUUUACGAUGAAAAAUUCUAAAGAAUUUUGCCAACCUAAAACGAAUAAAAUUAAUUUAAUUAACACACACGUACCCAUACAUUCGUCGGGUCAUUAG